AAGCGAGUCAAGUCGUAUAUCCAUAGUGUCGAGGAUAACGGGUCAUCCGUGACCCAGGAGUCCCAGAUACGGGAGUCGGCUAGGGCUUACUUCCACUCUCUCUUUUCUUCUGAGCGGGACUUGCUUACGCAUCCUGACCCGGCCCUCUUUCCGACCAUCCCGCAGUCGGUCGAUCUUGUCGACCUCUAUGACCUCCCGAGUAAGGAAGAAAUCAGGGAGGCUGUUUUUGGGAUUGAUCCCAACAGUGUCUCCGUGAGGGAACUAGGUACCAAUUACUUUCAGUUCCUUUUCCCAAAUAGGGCUGAGCUCAAUAAAAUCCUAGAAGGCAAAAAUUGGAUCUUUGAAAAUCAGCACAUAGUUCUCAAAGAAUGGCAAGAAGGUAUCUCUGCAAAUCACCCUUGCUUCGAUUACCUAACUCUUUGGGUCCAAGCUCAUGGUAUUCCAAUUAACUGGAUGAGCACGGAGGUGGGUAUCAAACUGGGCAGAGUUUUUUCCAACCUCAAAAAUGUCAAUAUGGCUAAAGCUGGAGGACAAGGAGAAAGAGUGAUGAGGCUGCAAGUAGACAUAGACCUUAAAGAGCCUCUACCCCGAUGGACAAAAAUCAGGCUGGGACAGAAAGUAGCAACAAACCAAUUCCAAUAUAAAAAGCUGGUCAGCCUUUGUUUUUACUGUGGAAAGGUAGGUCACUCUGAUAAAUCAUGCUCACAAAAGCAAGAGGAUAUCAGCAACCACUCCGUUCAUGAAGGACAAUUUGGAGAAUGGAUGACAGCAGUAGAUGGAGCUAUCAUUUCUCAAACACCCUCACAAAGCUACCACUCUGAACCAACCGCAGAAGGAGUCCAAACUCAAAACACUAACCAAGCCAGUGGCAAAGAGUCAGAUGCAUCUAAGCAAACCGCAAGCAAGACUAGAGGAUUCACUAUGACCAGCAAGAACACCGAUGAUAUGGAAAAUAAUAACACAGGCAUCGAAGGAUCCUCUUCUUCCAUACCUUUGUCUCAACCCCCCAACAAAGGCAAGGAGAUUGUCACUUACAGCCAGCCUACCCCCCAAGGCCAAGAUGUUAACCUCUUAGAGCCUGCAGAAUCCAAUCAUAACAUGGAGAUUGUCUCCCUCCCGGUGUCCACCAACAAUGAUGAUAUCAUAAAAGAAAAGCAGACUCUAAAAUGCUGGAAAAGAGCUCCUAGCAAAAUUGGCAGGCUAGCCAGACAUCAAGGGGAGACUGCAGCCAUCUCUAAACAAGGAGGUUUGCUGCUGAUGUGGGAUUGUAUUCCCACAAUCCUGAAUACCAACAGCUCAGACUUCUUCAUCCAAGUUCAGCUUUCUCUUCCUAAUGAAGAAAUUCCUCUCUGGCUCACCUUUGUAUAUAUGAGCACUGACAAAGAAACCAGAAUUCAGCAAUGGGAAUUCCUUGAGCAAAGCAAAGAGGACUGGGAAGAUUACUGGGCAAUCAUUGGAGACUGGAAUGACAUAUGCAAUCAUGAUGAAAAGAGAGGUGGUAGAACAAUAUCAAACUCCAGCUUCAAUGCUUUCAAUAGUUUUAUCUCUUCAAUAGGGAUGGUGGAAAUUAACAUGACUGGCUACCAGUACACUUGGGGUAAUAACAGAAUGCAAGAAGGAUUUGUAGAAGAAAAACUUGACAGAGGUUUUGGAUCUCUAUUAUGGACUACUAAGCACCCUCAAGCCAGCAUUGCAAACAUAUUCAAGAGUGCUUCAGACCAUGGAGUCCUUCUUCUUGAUGAUCAAGGGAGUUCUAGGAAGCAAAAAAAGAGAUUCAAUUUCGACAAAAGAUGGAUUAAAAGAGAAGGCUUCAAAGAAGAAAUUGAGAAAGCUUGGGCUAUUCCUCAGCAAGGUACUCCCUUUUACAAGUUGAAAGAGCAUGUCAAGCAAGCUAGGCUAGCUUUGUCCAAGUGGAGUAAACUUUUCAGAGCUGAUCACAAAGAACAUGUUGCAGCACUCUCACUUAAGCUUGAGGAGAUGAGACAAUUGGGUGAAGGUAAAAACUGGGAAGAAUGGGAAUCAAUUAAACAAGAGCUGGAAAAGGAGCAAAUCUCUGAGGAGGCUUUUUGGCAACAGAGAUCCAAGAUCCAAUGGUUAAAAGAAGGAGACAGGAACUCUCACUUCUUCCAUGCAUUCACCAUGCAGAGAAGAAAACAAAAUGCCAUUUCUAGGCUCUUGUCUGAUCAAUAUGGUAUCUACACCAAAAAAGAAGAAAUUGCCAAGGAGAUCUCUAAUUACUACCACAGACUCUUCACAUCUGAGGGAUCUCAUGGGGCCCAGGAAAUUACCAACCUCAUCCCCAGAUCAAUCAAUUCAAAGAUGAAUGAACAACUCCAAGCACCCACCUGUGAAGAUGAAAUAAAGGCAGUGUUAUUCCAAAUGAACCCUCUCAAAGUCCCUGGGGAAGAUGGCAUGACCCCCCUUUUCUGCCAACACUUUUGGCCUAUCCUCAAGGAAGAUAUCAGUGCAGCUGUGAUCUCAUUCUUCUCCUCUGGACAACUGCUAAAAUAUUGUAACCAUACCUUGGUAACUCUUAUCUCCAAAUGCUUGAACCCCAGCUCUAUCUCCCA